GAUUUUUUUUUUUUAGGCCGUCGACUUGCCCCACCAUUGUUUGACAACUUCAAGAUAAACAUCCUUAUGUUUGCCAGGCAAUUCAUUGACAAACAAAUCAAAAGUGCUUCGAAGCGUCGACUAUUGUGUCCUUAGUGUUUAUCGCGAAGGCUUUGGUGGAAUAAUUGUUGGAAUAGCAAACACAUUUGCGGUUAAAUUUUGGAGGAAAGAAACCUGGAAGUUUGAAGACGUUCGAUGCGGUUUCUUGAGAAGUUCACUUUGUCUGGUGUGGCGUGCGGAUAGGGAAAAGACUGUAUUUUCGACAUCUUAGUUCAGUACUCUUCAUGCGAUGUUCAAAGUAAAUCCCACAGAAGCUGAAAGCUACACGUACGACGCUUGAGUAAAUUUCACUGGAAAGAUGGAGAUCAGGACAGUACCAACCAACUAUCAAAGUUUGUUCUGAGCAUAAAAAGAUGUAGAUGAAUGAGUUAGCAUCUGCAGAUUCGGAGAAAGUGAUGACAAAACGUUGGCCAGGAAUACAAAAAUCCUACCCAGAAUAAUUUUCCAGAAUGGAGAAGAAAACUUCAAAACCAUGUUGACUGUGGAAUCUUAACUUUCUCAAAAUAUUCUUGAGAAAAAAAAAGCAAAAAGUAACGUGAACACCAUGGGCAGAUUUUCCGUCACGUAUUGCACCUUGACUCUCCUUGCCUGGACAUGGACAAUACCGCAAAGCCAAGCCGUGAACCUGACUAUUUUCGAUGGUCUGGGCGCGCCGUCCUGCAAGCGACCGAGCACGUGCGUUCCGGUCAUGAAUUCAACGUGCUUAGGCUCGUCCAUCCAGCAUUCCUUCACAUCGCUGGAUUUAGCCAACGACUCAGUCACCCAGGAGGAUAUUUUGCGCAACUUUCGCAUGUGGGAGGGGCUACGACUGGUGCCGAAAUGCUGGGAAGUGGUCCAGCCUUUUCUCUGCGCCGUCUACCUGCCGAAAUGCGAGGACGGAAUGGUGGAGCUACCCAGUUACGACAUGUGUUCGGUUACCAGGGAACCAUGCCGUAUUGUGGACAUUGAGCACGGCUGGCCGGAGUUUGUGACGUGUGACGAGAGCCGCUUUCCACCCGAUUGUGACAACGUUUACAAAUCCAUCACCUUCAACACGACGGGCGAGUGCGAGCCCCCGUUGGUUGCCACGGACAACGAGAAGAGCUGGUACGAGACCGUGGAAGGAUGCGGCAUCCAGUGUCGGAACCCCCUCUUCACGGACGAGGAGCACGCGCAAGUCCAUCUGUUUAUCGCGGUGUUCGCGAGCGCGUGCGUCGUCUGCACGUUCUUCACUCUGAUCACCUUCUGUGCGGACUGGAAGAACUCCAGCAAGUACCCAGCCCUGAUCCUGUUCUACAUGAACGGUUGCUUCUUUGCUGGCAGUGUCGGGUUCCUGGCCCAGUUCCCCAGCGGUGCUAGGGACGACAUCAUCUGCCGGAAAGAUGGCACUAUGCGCCUUGCUGAACCAAGCGAUGGGGAGAAUCUCUCCUGCAUCAUAAUCUUCAUCUUAGUCUACUACUUCAUCAUCGCCGGUGUGAUAUGGUUCGUCUGGCUGGCCUAUGCCUGGCAUCUCUCCUUCCGUGCCCUGGGCACACCGCGCCAAGCCCUGAAAGGCAAGACAAGCUACUUCCAUCUCUUGGCCUGGAGUCUGCCAUUCAUACUGGUUGUCAUCAUUGUCGCUAUCAAUGAGGUGGACGGUGAUUCAGUUUCCGGGAUCUGUUUUGUGGGUUAUCAGAACCACUACUACCGGGCAGGGUUUGUCCUGCUACCUAUCGGCAUCAUGCUAGUGGUAGGCGGCUUCUUCCUCAUGAACGGUCUGAAGACGCUGUGCACCAUAGACCGAGACAAUCCUGGCCUGCUGAGUGACAAAGCAGCUCAUCGCAUCAAGGGAACCAUCAUCCGCAUCGGUGUGUUUGCCUUUCUUGCGUUCCUCUUUGUCUUCAUCACGUUUGCCAGCCACCUGUAUGAGUUCACCAACCAGGAGUCGUGGAAGAGAGGCUUCCAAGAUUACUUAGUUUGUGAAGCCAACGUGACCUUCCUGAGCGGCCUGUCCGACAAGCCCGUCCCUACCUGUGCCCUCAACUCUCGGCCCAACAUCAGCGUCAUCAUGGUCCACCUCUUCUCCAUGUUUGGGGCCGGCAUUGCCAUGAGCAUGUGGGUCUGGACGCCGUCCUCCUUGGCCAUCUGGCAACGCACAUGGAGAAAGAUCACACGGCAAGCCAUCAACGAGCCCCAGCGGCUUAAGAAGAGCCGGAUGAUAGCCAAGGCCUUCGCCAAGAAGAUGGAGAAGAAGGCGGAUGACAACGAUGACGCGCUGUCUGUCAGCUUCGAGUCGGCCUCCCAUGAUGAUGCCAUCGGUAUGAAGUUAGACUUGCCCAAGUCCAGCGUGACCGAAGACUCGUCCUCGGUCUGGGGUCAGGGUAAUAACGUCCCAGCCAGGAUGCUGAUGAGGCGCGGUGGGGGCGCCCUUCCGCUCCCGGUGUUCGCCACCAACGCCAGCUCACCAAGGAACUCUCCCGAUUCCCAGCUGGAGUCCCGACCCCCGACUGCCGCCCAAGCCAACCACAACAUAGUCCAGGCGGAAGUCGUCAUCGAGCCCCCGCCCCCGAACAUGCGCAAGUCGCGCCGCAACAAACGCCGGGACCGUUCCCGUCGCGGCGCCAACCUCCCCCUGCACGGCCCCAGCGGACGCGAAACACCCAUGCACGACCCCUACGUACAGGACGACAUGGAGACCAUCCCUGGUAGUGAGGAAGGUGUCAUCGGAGCCCCGAAUCGUGGAGCGCGGAGAGCGAGGCAUUCCUUCCCCAGUGAGAUCUCAGAUCUUGAUAGUGUGGCGCGAAAGUCCACAGUUCCUAAACUUCCAGCGAUUCAGCGACGGCAGGUCAGUUUUGUGGCGCCUCCUGCCGACUUUGACUUGCCCAGCUCAAUGUCGAUAGACUCAGUGGUAUGAUUUUAAAAAACCUUGAGCUUCGUCACAAAAUUCGGCUCAAGAAUUAUUUUCAAACAUCUAUUGCUACACCUCUUACAUAUUGAUGAGCGAAAGCCAAAGUCUUACUGGUCCAUUGACCAUCACGUGUCAGCCGCUAGUUUUACUAACCGCGUACGGCACGCGACAAUUCACGCACAGGGUAAAUACGCAUGCACAAUCAACUAUCGCAUUGGUAACCCAUGCAAUAGUCUUCUACGCAUGCACCUGACUGAGCAGUCAUGGCAUUAUUGCAUGGGGUAGUGUGCAUAUAUGAACACCACCUGAGCUACAUGAGAAGAUUGUGGCACAUGCGGGAAUAGUUUCUAAUACCUCGGGGAGCUAAUAUCAACUAUCCACCCUCAAAUCAUGAAAUAUUUGUAUACUGUCAAACGUAAAUAUUGAAACUGUUGCCUGAUAUCAAGUCAUAAAUAUAGCAUGUCAAGCAUAAAUAUUCAUGACUAUGCAAAUAAUGUUUUUAUAUGCAGAUUUCAUAUGCAAAUGAAGAGCAGUGGUGCAUUUUGUAUAUUUUAUACUCAUUCAAUUUUUCAUGAUAAAUAUUGUAAGGCCAAAAAAGAUAUAUAUAGCUACAGUACCUAGAGCCUGAGGCUGUAAUUUUAUAGCAUACAGUGAUUUUAAAAGUAUGACUGUGAAGGGUGAAACUCAACAAAUGAACAUCUCUGUAUCGCAAAAAAAAAUUUUCAUUAAAAAAUAUCACGUAUGGAAACAAUUGAAGGAAAAACAGAAAACAUAAAUAAGAGGGAAAAAGCGGGUAAAACAGUGAACCUUAUAUUACUUUUGUAAUUUGUAGCACUGUAAUUUUUCAUUGAAGGCAUCUCGGUAGCUCGACAGCUCUUUGCAAACACAGCUCCAAAUUAACUCAAAUUUUCCCGUAUUCAUUAAACAGUGUGCUUGUUAUUUGCAGGGUUAUUAAGUUAUUCGCUAAAAAAAAAAAAACUGAUUGUAACAGUUUUUAUUCAUAGUUUAUGUUCCUGGCCCCACGGUGUGCUUAUCGCCUCAGUAUUUUUUAUAGAAACAAUUCAGUGCUCAAGAUGGUAUUUCCGUCCAAAAUUUGCCAAAAAGUUUAUUGUAAAAAGUGAAAUCUCAAACAGUAUUCGACAGUAUUGUUUUUAGUGAAGACUAGUGUCUUGAACUAGUAGAAAAAUUAAGAUAUUUGUAUUAAUUAAAUCUACACAACAACAUUUUUGUAUUAUUGAAUGUGCCUCUCUUAAACACAUUGUAGACAAAAUGUGAGUUAUCUUCUGUACAUAGGUUGCCUUAAAUCUUUUUGCAGAUUUUUUUGUAUGUUGCUUCUAGAUAUUUAUAUGCCUUUUUUUGGGAAAGUAGACUACAGUACGUAGUGAACUUUAUAGGUACUUGCUGUUAAUGAGCUAUGCAUUUUGUAUUCAUCAAUUAAAUUUUAGCUGAACCCGGUCAUUCAUGAACUAUGCAUUACAAAGCAACUCUAUACAGUUUACAACAUGUACAUAGUUUUUAUUUUAUACACUAGUUUAAAAUUACUUUGUAUUCAUAGAUGAUACUUUUUUUUUUAUAGCAGUACGUCUUCCAGGGUUGACAAACUUUCAAGUCAUGUGAAAGAUCAUGGUACUAUUUUAAGCAUGAAUAUUCAUGAUGUGCAAAAAACAAAGAUUUCAUAUGCAGAUUUUUAUGCAAAUGAAGAGCAGUGGUGCAUUUUGUAUGUUCUAUACUCAGUAAAAUGUGUGGGUUUUUCCAUGUUAGAUAUGUUAAGGAGAUACGACAAAAAAAGUGGACAUUCUUCCUUUUGAAUCAAAGAAUCUCCACCUUUUGAGUCGUUUCUCCGACUUAAACUACGUCCCUCCCGCAAGUAUUGUCCAGUUUACAGGGGAACAAAAAAUGUGGAUUCUUAUUAAUGCUUUGAGCUAUGAGAUGAAUUUGAUCCAUUGUCCAGCAUUGGCUAGCUAUGUAAAAGCUUUACUCCUGGGCCUUAAUUAUGCGCUUGUACCUUUACUGGAUCGUGUUGUUAACCCUCUGCAUGGGUGUAUAACUUUUGUUCCAUUCUUCAGGAUGAUGCAUGCAGGGCCACAUACAUGCAGACACCAUUAGUGGCUUGUAGUACAUAUACCAUCUUUGUUACCUCUCUGAUGGAGUUAUACAUGUACAUGUAUGUUAGUGUUUCAGCUACGCACAUAUACUGAAUUAAAACACUAUUAAAAUGCUAUCGAUGCGAGCGUACGGGAUGGAGGAGUUUUAACACCAACCACAAGGAAGUUUGGCGAGCAGCUUAUUUGUGGAACCACUUUGUCAGCUGAGAUGAAGACCGCUGACCUUGACAUUGCUAGUACACCGAAAUAUCUCGCUCGCCACAGGAAUUACUCUGUUUGGAAAAUACAUAACAUCGGAAUAUCAUCUGAGAAGUAUUGAUUGGUAAGUUUCUGGCAGUCAAUUUGAUUUUUCAGUUACUUAUCCAUUCUUUAUAAUUGUCAAUGAAUUGUCCUUUUUGUUAUGUUUUUACGGACCAUUAUAAUGUAUACUUACGGACCAUUUCAAGUAUACUUGAAUAACAAAGGACGAGUUGUAAUAAAACUGUAAGUAAAUGGACUAGAUAUGAACAUUAAAAAAUUGAAAGCGAAAAUGUGAAAUUCAGUGCAAAUCGUUACAAAGCUAAUUCUAGAAAUU